AUGCAUGGUGUGACUAGUGUGGAGACGAAUAUUAAUUGGAAUGGUAACAAGAAUGAGUUUUUCAGACCGCAACGAGGAAUUCGACAGGGUGAUCCUAUGUCACCUUAUCUGUUUGUUCUUUGUAUGGAUAAGUUAUCCCAUUUAAUUGAGCAUGCGAUUAAUGAGAAGCAUUGGAAAUCGUUUCAACUUGGUAGAAAUGGAGUUUCUAUUUUGCAUUUGAUGUUUGCGGACGAUUUGUUGAUUUUUGGGGAAGCAAAUAAAGCGCAGUUGAAUUGUGUAAAGGCUACUCUUGAGACUUUCUGCUCAAUGUCGGGUCAGGAAAUUAGCGCUGAAAAAUCUAGUAUUCUUUUCAGUGAUAAUGUUCCUCGUCGCAUUAGGAAUCAACUCACUCAUAUCUCUGGAUUUAGAGAAACGCAGAGCUUCGACAAGUAUCUUGGUAUUCCUCUUAAAGGGAAAGCCAAUAGAAAACAAGACUUCCAAUAUGUUGUUGAUCAGGUGGCUAACAAACUGUCAGGCUGGAAAGCUCGUAAUCUCUCCUUUGCUGGUCGAGUAACUCUUGCCAAGAGUGUCAUUGAAGCUAUUCCUACAUACCCUAUGAUGACAAAUCUUAUUCCGAAAGCCAGCAUCUAUGAAAUUCAGAAAAUCCAAAGAAGCUUGUCUUCACAACUGAUGAAGAAGAAUGGAACCACUGAAGAGUUGAAGAAGAUUGUGGGUAGUUUGAACAAAGCUAAAGUCUUAGGAAAAGAUAUUACCGUUAUUUACAGCUUUGGCUCGAGAACUGUGAUUGCACUUCAUGAUGGUUCGGUUAUUUUCGAUUCAGUUCAGUUAGACAUUUCGGAACUUGUGGAUGGGAUUCCUAGAGGAUGUAGGCUUACAAUUGUAUCUGAUUCUUGCUAUAGUGGUGGCUUUCACCGAACUGAAUCAAACUGGGCACUCAGCAACACUGGUCACUUCUUUGAUAGUGGCCUUGUGGACUGCUAUACUGCUUUUGAGGUUCAUCAAUUUGCAAAUGGCAAUAGAAAAAAGGCUACAUGGUUUCAAUCCAAUACAAGAAAACAAAAUAACUCUAAUGAUUAUGGGUACCAUGUGAUGAAAAUUAUGUUGGAUAUUGUCUCUGCCAAUAUAACUGAAUCUUGGAUGCAGGUAUUUGAUGAUCCUACAGAAUUAACACAAGAUGAUUUGUAUGAUUUGCGACUCCGUUGGACAAAAUGUUUCAUUGAGUUAUAUAAGCUUUAUCUGUGGCAGAAUCGUAUAAGCUUGUCUGGUUUCGGGUUGGAUGGAUGCUCCCUAUGUGGUGCAGCGCAGGAGACUUCUCUUCACGUUUUGCGAGAUUGUUGGCACGAUUGGAUAGAGCUUAAUAUCCUUAGUGAUAUUCACGGUAGCAAUGAUUGGGGAGAUAUUUGGGCUACUGCAUGUCACACAAUAUGGCAAUGGAGAAACAAGGAAAAGCACGAUACUACAUUUAAGAGGCCAUUUUGUGCUACAACAGUAAUUAUGGAGAAGUUCCUGCAAUAUAAGAAGGCUAUGGUCAACAAAAAUAUGAUCAUGGAAAGAUAUCAUACUGUUAAGCUUGUUCAUUGGUGUACUCCUAAGCAUGGUUUUGUGAAACUGAAUAUUGAUGGUGCCCAUGACCAUAAUGGUUUAUCAGGAAGUGGUGGUAUUAUAAGAGAUAGCCAUGGUACGUGGAUUGGCGGAUUUUCCAAUUGCAUUGGUUCAUGCAGCCCGCUAAUGGCUGAACUUUGGAGUGUGUAUCUAGGUAUCAAGUUGGUGCUUGAUCUCGGUUAUCUAAAAGUGGAGGUUGAAUCUGAUGCUAUAAGAGCUGUUGAUUGCAUUAAGAUGCAGGAGCGAAACAAGAACAAGUUGGUGGAGAGUUUAGUGUCCAAUAUUGUCAGAAGUCUCUCUCUUUUUGAAGAGGUGGAAAUUAAGUAUGUUUAUAGAGAGGCUAACAACUGUGCAAACUUGCUUGCUCGAGAAGGAAAGAAGUUGAGAGGUGAUACCAUUUAUUAUAGCCAUCCUCCUCCUUGGUUGCUUACUAGUUUGGAGGAAGAUAGAAGUUUUUUAGCUAGUCCUAAGAUUAUUUCCUUGUAG